GCUGCCUUAACCGUAACCCCUCCUCCUAUCCCCCGAACCUCUCUCGCUCCAAAUCUUCAUUCCAGUACGUACACGGAGCGAAGCAACAGACUCGCGGAGCAGCACCAAGAUUUCGCUCAGGGAAUUACAGUGUUCAUGAGAAAGAGAUUUGUUUUAUUCCUGCAGCAACACGCAUACACGCGUGCAGGGACGGACAACAUUAUGGUAUCGAUUCAGCGAAAAAAGAGAACAUUGUAACCGAAUCUACAACCUGCGGAUUUGCCCCUUUCGCUCCGUGGAACUAUUUAGACGCACCAGAAACGACAUCAUUCAGAGCGCUCGGCAUCAGUGGGAGUGGGUAGGGUGAAGAGGGAAACUUUACCACUGCAGCAAAUGCGAAGUAUAUAUAUACUGUAAGACUUUAGCACAAUCCUGGUGCUUCAGCCAGCACCGACAUCCAUCUAGCAAGAAGUGCAUCGGAGUUGUUUCUUUUGUGGGGGGAGGUAACUCUGGGGUUUGAAGCAAGUUCUCCGGGGACAGGUCGACAUUUUCGGGAUUUUACUACAAGUCUCCCUGGAACCUAUUUUUCAUGUCCGAACUCACUGGUUUAUGACAAUGGAUUACUUGCUGGUUUUAUGCAGUGUUUUGCUGCCUGUGGUAUUGGCUGUUGAGGAGACUCUGAUGGACAGCAAGUGGGCAACAACAGAGCUAGCCUGGACGUCUCACCCGGAGACCGGGUGGGAAGAGGUAAGUGGGUACGAUGACGCCAUGAACCCUCUUAGGACUUAUCAGGUCUGCAACGUGCGGGACCUCAAUCAGAACAACUGGCUGCGCACCGACUUCAUCCCGAGGAAAGACGUGCUCCGCGUGUACGUGGAGCUCAAGUUCACUGUGCGUGACUGCAAUAGUAUCCCCAACAUCCCCGGCUCCUGCAAGGAGACCUUCAACCUUUUCUACUACGAGUCUGACACAGACAGUGCCACCGCCACCACUCCGUUCUGGAUGGAGAACCCGUACGUGAAGGUGGACACCAUCGCUCCCGACGAGAGCUUCUCCAUGCUGGAGUCUGGGCGGGUCAACACCAAGGUGCGCAGCUUCGGCCCGCUCUCCAAGGCCGGCUUCUACCUGGCCUUCCAGGACCUGGGCGCCUGCAUGUCACUCAUCUCCGUCCGCGUCUUCUACAAGAAGUGCUCCACCACCAUCGCCAACUUCGCCGUGUUCCCCGAGACCGCCACGGGAGCAGAGGCCACCUCCCUGGUGAUCGCGCCUGGGACCUGCGUGCCCAACGCCGUGGAGGUGUCCGUCCCUCUCAAACUGUACUGCAACGGCGACGGAGAAUGGAUGGUUCCCGUGGGCUCAUGCACAUGCAUGGCCGGAUUUGAGCCUGCAAUGAAGGAUUCACAGUGCCAGGCUUGCCGUCCUGGGACUUUCAAGUCCAAGCAGGGGGAGGGUUUCUGUUCCCCCUGCCCCCCCAACAGCCGCAGCAGCUCUGGAGCUUCAAGUCUCUGCUCCUGCCGGAAUGGCUACUACCGCGCUGACAGCGACUUGCCUGACUCUGCUUGCACCACAAUCCCCUCGGCUCCCCGGAACGUCAUCUCCAACGUGAACGAGACCUCCCUGGUGCUGGAGUGGGGCGAGCCGCGGGACCUGGGCGGCCGGGACGACCUGCUGUACAACAUCAUCUGCAAGAAGUGCCUGCCGGAGCGGGGCGUGUGCUCCCGCUGCGAUGACAACGUGGACGUCGCCCCCCGCCGCCUGGGCCUGACGCAGAGGAGGGUGGCCGUGCGCAACCUGCAGGCCCACACCCAGUACAGCUUCGAGAUCCAGGCCGUCAACGGCGUCUCCAACAAGAGCCCCUACUCCCCGCACUACGCCGCCGUGAACAUCACCACCAACCAGGCCGCCCCUUCUGCAGUACCUACGGUUCACCUUAUGGGGGCUACAGCAAGCACGAUGAGCCUCUCCUGGCUGCCCCCAGAGAAACCCAAUGGAAUCAUCUUGGAUUACGAGAUUAAGUACCAUGAGAAGGGACAGGGCGAGGCCAUUGCCCACACGAUGACAGCGCAGCGCAGCUCCGCCCAGGUGGAGGGCCUGAAGGCGGGCACUUCCUACGUGGUGCAGGUUCGAGCGCGAACCGUGGCGGGGUACGGCCGCUACAGCAUCCCAGCGGACUUCAGCACCAACCUGCAGAGUAACCCGGAGAAGUCACUGCAGGAGCAGCUGCCCCUCAUCGUGGGAUCGGCCACUGCUGGCCUUGUCUUCAUCAUCGCCAUCGUUGUUAUCGCCAUUGUCUGCCUCAGAAAGCAACGCAGUGGUUCAGAGCUGGAGUACACAGAGAAACUGCAGCAAUACAUUACACCCGGGAUGAAGGUCUAUAUUGACCCCUUCACCUACGAGGACCCCAACGAAGCCAUCCGCGAGUUCGCCAAGGAGAUCGACAUCUCCUGUGUGAAGAUUGAAGAGGUCAUCGGCGCAGGUAACCAACACAGGCUCCUCACCAGCAGGGGGAAGACCGCUAGGCACUUCCAGGCCAUACCGUUAGAGGACUUCACUCCAAGCGGGGAAUUUGGGGAAGUUUGUCGCGGCCGGCUCAAGCUCCCGGGCCGCCGGGAGAUCAUAGUGGCCAUCAAGACGCUGAAGGCGGGGUACACUGAGCGGCAGAGGCGGGACUUCCUGAGCGAGGCCAGCAUCAUGGGCCAGUUCGACCAUCCCAACAUCAUCCGCCUGGAGGGUGUGGUCACCAAGAGCCGGCCGGUCAUGAUCGUCACAGAGUUCAUGGAGAACGGGGCGCUGGACUCGUUCCUUAGGCUGAACGAUGGCCAGUUCACUGUGAUCCAGCUGGUCGGGAUGUUGAGGGGCAUUGCGGCCGGAAUGAAGUACCUCUCCGACAUGAACUACGUCCACCGGGAUCUCGCCGCCCGCAACAUCCUGGUCAACAGCAACCUGAUGUGCAAAGUGUCCGACUUCGGCCUGUCCAGGUUCCUGGAGGACGAUUCCACCGACCCCACCUACACCAGCUCACUGGGGGGCAAGAUCCCUAUUCGCUGGACAGCCCCAGAGGCCAUCGCCUACAGGAAGUUUACCUCGGCCAGUGACGUGUGGAGCUACGGCAUAGUCAUGUGGGAAGUGAUGUCGUAUGGAGAGCGCCCGUAUUGGGACAUGAGCAACCAGGAUGUGAUCAACGCGGUGGAGCAGGACUACCGGCUGCCCCCGCCCAUGGACUGCCCCACCGCCCUCCAUCAGCUCAUGCUGGACUGCUGGGUGAAGGAAAGGAACCUGAGGCCCAAGUUCCCCCAGAUCGUCAACACGCUGGACAAGCUGAUCCGCAACGCCGCCAGCCUUAAAGUGGUCACCAACACGCAGACAGGGGUCUCCCAGCCCCUCCUAGACCGCUGCAUCCCUGACUACACCACUUUCGCCACUGUGGGCGACUGGCUGGACGCCAUCAAAAUGAGCCGCUACCAAGACAACUUCCUCAAUGCUGGCUUUACCUCUUUCGACAUAGUGGCGCAGAUGACCGCAGAGGAUUUGCUACGGAUAGGCGUGACAUUGGCUGGCCAUCAGAAGAAGAUUCUGGGCAGCAUUCAAGACAUGAGAGUACAGAUGAACCAAACGCUGCCCGUCCAGGUCUGAAGAAGAAGGGGAGGGACCGUGUCUACCAGAGCCAAUGGAAAACCCCAGCUGCCUGACCGCUUCUGCCAAUCAGAAAACUGGCUUGCAGUGCCUCAGACGUUUUAUUGUUCUUUCCCCAUUUCCACAUUUUUUGCUGCAUUUCCACAAAACAGACUUCAUUAGGAUUAUUUUGAACUUGAAAAUCCAUGUCCCUCAUGGGACUCCCAGGGUUUUGCUUGCAUGUGCGCGUGUGCUUGGUGCAGCUUGGCCAGGACUUCAGGGAUUUCUGGAACACCACGUCCUCUCCUCAAAAACCCCUCCUUCCUACACCACCCUCGGACUGAAAACGGUUAGAGGAAAACAAAAUGUGAACUGGCGUAAUCACGAAAAAAUAGAAGCAUUCUGAUGGCAAGUAGUUAGAAGAUAUUUUUUUGUAUAUUCAGAUCUUCAUAUUGAAGAUGAUUUAUGGAGAGCGCACAUGCCCAAGAAAGUGCAAACGGGGCAUUGCUUUGGAUGCUGGUUGCAGGAGAAAGAGAGCUGCGAUGGAACGGCUUCGAAUGCCUGUGAAAUUUUGGAGGAGGAAUUUUGAAAGGACUCGACCGACUAUUACCUGAACCAGCACAUGUAUAUGUAUAGCAAACGUGAAUUCAGGAUGGUCCGGUUAUGGGAAACUCCCUGGCAGUUGUUUUUUUUUUUAUAACUAUUACAAUGGCUUUUAAUGUGUUUGUCAGACAUUUUUUGUUUUUAAAUAUUCUGUUUGCCAUUUUUUUGGAGACCCAGUUUCACAUCGGCAGGUCUUUUUUUGUGAGACUCCCUAUGUGUUCACAACUCAUCAGGAGGAUGGGAGUGAGCGAGGGAGACAAGAAUGACACAGACUCACUGUACAGAGAGACCUGCCUUAGAUUUGUGUGUGACAGUGCUCGCAAAGGCUUUGCACACAAACACUGUACAAUACAGCUUAAACUACGUGCCACAGUGGAAGCUAAGCGCAUGAACCGAAUUGUGACAAGAAAAAUUUAUUUCUGAAAAAUGUACGGCUGUCAAUCUUUGGACAUUUUUUUUCUAUAUUUUUUAUUGGAUCCAAAAUGAAAAUAUAUAUGCAUUGCUCAGAAAUUCAAAGCAACCGCAAAGAGGACCUUAAAUUUCUAUACACAUCUAUUGAUUUACAUAUUAGCUCUUGUUCUUCUUCGUUUGUUCUUAAUUUUACCGGUUUAGUUAUAUAUCACCUCCUUGGAUAUGAGGCCAUUGGAACUGUGGACUUAAAUUAACAGACAAGGACACAAGAUCAUUGCAAUCUCAUACAAACUGGAUACUGCAUUUUUGUUGUUGUUCUAAACAGCCCGUACACAUUUUUGUACAUGUAAAAAUUAUAUAAACGUGCAACAAAACAAAAAAACACAGAGGACACUAUAAAGGUAUUGUCAUGAGAUUGUUAAGUGGAUUUUGAUAUUGUAAUAACAGGAAGUAGCUGGAGGAAAGGUGUCUAGAAAUGGACAGAAAGAGGAAAAGGUGAAGAAAAGUGGGGAGGGAAACAGAUACACCCAGAGCUCUGCCCGUACUUUGUGAUGCAUCCAUUGCUCUUUAAUGUCAUCUUUUUAAACCAAUUCAGGUGCAGGAUUCAGCGGGAGUUAAGCCUUCAAGUGCUGUUUACUUUAAACCUUCUAGUGCAAUAAGUGUGCCCAUCUGUAACCUUUGUGUUUUUUUCUCUCUGUACAAGUCCCUUCCUUUUGUAAUGAAAUGAAAAAGUGUACACAAUGAACAUGGCAAUGCUAACUUAAACUGGUGCAUAUACUGGCGGCCCUUUGGCCAGGUGAAAAAAAAAAAAAAAACAUACAUUUCCUCUAUAAUUUUGCCCUAAUUGUUUGUUAUCAGCUCCUGUGAUGAGAAUGCAAAGGCUGUUAAAGAACAGGUCUCUAUUCCAACAUCUGCAGACAUGAGAGCACGUUUCUGUCUCUGAGAUGGAGCUCCGUGACAAAGCCUCAUUCGGCAGAUCCCUACAGCAGAGGCCCCAGCACCGAGCCCAGUUGGGGAGCUCCAUCCCGGGGCCCAAUCCCAAAUGGUGUGGCAAUCUCAGUCGUUCACCGCUGUCAGACAAAUAGCAUUGUGAGAGGAGCCUGUCAAAAUGA